UGUCGCUUGUCUAUAUUUUUCCACGAACAUCCGCGAGUGCGUGAUGGUUGCAUUUUUCCCAAUGGCUUUUAUUCGAAAUGAGCAGCGCCUCGCACAGUAGUAUUUAUUUAACUCUUGCAGCAUCAAGCUCGUCUCUUGUGUUUCUUUUUCGGGAUUACCGACAACAGGAAGAAUGAAUACGUUAAAGAGAGUGUCUCUCGAGGAGGAAUUCAAAAAGAAUCCCGAGCUGAAGCAGGAAGAUUUGGAUAAUCUGAUGGACUGGUAUUCGAAGCAGCCGCAUUUUCCGCAAAACGUUAGCAAGCUGGACUUGGUCGUUUUCCUGCAUAGUAACUACUAUCGACUGGAGCCGACGAAAACGACGAUUGAAAAUUUCUUGACCUGCAGGACCCACGUACCAGAGUUCUUCGCCAACAGGGAUCCUCUGGGUUCGAAAGAACUCCGAUUGAUCAUGGGUACCCUGUUGGUGGUGCCACUGGAGCAAAAGACACCGGAGGGCUACGGAGUCAUAUAUUCGCGGCUGAUCAACUAUGAGCCGGAGCGCUUCGUCUACAACGACGGCAUGCGCCUCUUCAACAUGAUCGCCGACUUAUGGGCCCUGCAGAAUGGCACGAUGAAAGGCCACGUGCUCAUUUGCGACAUUGUCGGAGUGCAGAUGGUCCACGCUCUUCGGAUCAGUCCUAUUGGCGUGAAGAAGUAUCUCUACUACCUUCAGGAGGCCGUGCCUAUCAGGCUCAAAGCCCUGCACUUUAUGAAUACCACCUCGGUUAUGGAUUUCAUCCUUGGCCUCAUGAAACCUUUCAUGAAGAAGGAGCUUAUGGAUUCGCUAUUUCUGCAUAACACGUUGAAAAGUCUGGAAAAACACAUACCACUGGAGAUUCUUCCAAACGAAGCUGGCGGAAAAGCUGGACCAAUGAUGGAUAUUUAUGAUAAGGUGCUGAAAAACGUGGAAGCAAAUCGCGACUUCUAUCUCGAAGAAGAGGCUACUAUGCGUGUCAACGAAACGCUACGCCCUGGUAAAGCCAAAUCAGCGUCAGACCUCUUUGGUAUCGAAGGCAGCUUCAAGAAACUCGAUAUAGAUUAA